ACCGGUGGCGGCAGGCGAGGGAACGGAGAGCCUCCCCGAUCGAGCGCCGUGCUAUAAAAUACCCCACACACCUCUCUUUUUCUCACAGCUAGCUUGCAAGCGUUCUGGUAGUCACGACGAACAUAGUCUAGAUCUAGAGCGGCCUUGUCGUCGCUGUGUGUUGUUCUCACGUUACUUUUCUCUACAACCACUUGCUCGUACUACUACGGCUACAACAACGCAUUUUGGCAGCUCGCUCGCGCCUCUCCUAUCUGAACAGAAUACCGCUACUGGACCCCCAGUGUUAUUCCCGAGUUCCCAGACAUCGCUGCACGCUCAGAACUGUGUGAAUUCAGGUUCUUGGAGAAGACUUAUCUUACCGCAGUAAUCUCACAGACUCCACUUAGCGGGAGAGCAACCCGUGCCACUUUGUUUUCUGAGCACGUGAAGGAUUUCCAAGACUGGUGUGGUCUUGUUCUGUGUGUGUGUGAGGUGGAACUUUACUCACCAGGACUUGUGAAGGCGCUUUCUUGCUGAUAAUAUCUCUGCGUGUGAUUUCCUCCCGAUAAUUGGAUUUCAUGCAGGAUCCCAAGGACGAAAAGGGUUUGCUGAGCAACCCUCGACGGAACAGAGGAUGUACCGACAUUAUGGUAUUCCUCAUCUUCGUUUUCUUCGUGUGCGGCAUGAUCUUCAUUGCCGCCUUCUCCAUCAGCAAAGGUGACCCGUUCCGCCUUGUGUACGGCACCGACAGCUUCGGGAACACCUGUGACGAAGACAACUCCGACCGCGCCAUCGCCGGGGUCAAGUACUCCGGCUACAAUCUCAAGGGACGACCGUAUUUGUUCUUCAUGGAUAUCCGUCACCCGGACACGUCUCUCCGGAUCUGCGUGAACAAAUGUCCAGAGAACGACCUGAUCAAGCCACUGGACCUCUUUGACUUCUCCAGGCAGACUGGCUCUCUCCUGUGCCGUUAUGACGUGUCCCUGGGAGCUUACGAAACUACCAAUCGGUCACUGCACGGGCCCUGUCCGGUUCUGACGGUCCACAAGAGCGAGUCUCUACUGAAUCGCUGCAUACCACGUGACUUGGUGGAUAUUCCUGGUUGGCUGGAGGGAAAUAUCGCCAACAACAUCAUCGCCUACAUCAACAAAAGCGAUAUCUUCCAGAAAGUUCUCCGUGACCUCUACGCCAGUUGGAAUAUUAUUAUAGCUCUCUGCUUCGUUGCAGUCGCUUUUUCAGUCAUGAUGGUGCUUGUCAUCCGUUUCCUGGCAUCUGUGGUCGUCUGGCUGAUUGUAGCCCUUGCCGUGCUUGCAAGUUUUGAUGAUCCUCCUGCUGGUACUGAUGGCCAUGAGGAAGAGAAUGCCGUUUGUUGUGUCCCUGCUCCGUGAAGCUGGAGCCUGUGUCUCCUCCAUGCCUCUGUUGCUCCUACAGCCACUGUGGACGUUUAUCUUGCUGCUCAUGUUCUUCGUCUACUGGGUCACUGUCCUCGCUUUUCUCUGCACUGCUGAAAACCCAAGCGUGAUCCAGCACCAUUAUGUAGUUUACACAGAGCACGAGACGGUGACCUACUUCUGGUGGUAUCACCUGGUGGGCCUUAUCUGGGUCAGCGAGUUCAUCAUUGGGUGCCAGAGCUUUGUCAUUUCUGGAGCCGUGGCUAGAUGGUACUUCACUAGGGAAAAGAAUCAGCUGGGAUUCCCCAUACUUGGUACAAUUGGUCGCCUGAUUGUGUUUCAUCAAGGAUCUGUUGCGUUUGGGUCAUUCAUCCUCACUCUUGUUAAAUUCCCAAGGAUGAUUCUGAUGUUCAUCAGUAAAAAAUUAAAAGACUCUGAAAGCCACUGUGGAAAGUUUUGUGCCAAAUGCUGUUGCAGCUGCCUGUGGUGUGUGGACAAGUGCCUCAGAUAUCUCAACCCUAACGCAUACACCAUUGUUGCUGUGAGUGGGAAAAAUUUCUGCACUUCAGCAAGAAAGGGUCAUUAUGUGCUGAUGAGCAACGCCUUACGUGUCUCAGCCAUCAACAGUGUCGGGGACUUUGUUUUAUUCCUUGCCAAAGUCGCAGUGAUGGCCGCCACGACUGCUGUCAGUAUCAUCUGGUUCAAGAGCCAAGAUGAUUUGCAUUUCUACGCCAUUCCUGUCCUUCUAGUGUCUGUGUUUUCAUUCUUCAUUGCUCACUGCUUUCUUUCUGUGUAUGAGAUGAUUAUUGAUGCCUUGUUGCUGUGUUUCUGUGAAGACAGAGAUCUGAAUGAUGGCUCACCAGAACGACCCUACUUUGGCAGCAGAAGUCUCAUGCUCGGCCUUUUAGAGAGCAGUAAAGGUCUGGAUGGUGUUCCAAGGCAAUCAGGGAGGGGAGCAAGUGAACCAGAGAUGGAGCCCGCUCAAGUCUGAUACUACUGAAAAGAUUGAAUGCAGAUGUGUGGGUGUGUGUGUGUAUUGUGUGUGUGAUUGCUAAAUCGAAAGUGGUAUGACUCAGCGAGCUGAACGGGAGUAAGCUAGAACAACAUCUGAGUGAUCAGUGAGUUAUAAGUGAGAAAUUCUUGUUGAAGAAAACUGCGCUUGAAGAUCUGUGAGCACGUUAUUUGUUUGAGGAUGCAUGUCAGUUGUGAGUUCAGUAACACUGGAUAUGCAGACAUCAAACUGAUUGAAAGCUGUGACUGAGGGCAUUGUUUUUAACAAGUAAGUGAGACCAUAGUUUGCUGGUCAAACCGUGGGGGAUAAUGAACCACAAAGUGAUGUUUCCCCUUGCUAAAUUUGUAUAUAUACUAUGGUUUUAUGCCAGAUUGCUGAAAUGUGACUUAUUCCAUGAAUAUGAAGAGUAACUAUAACUGCGAUUCCUGAAAGAAUAACCACAUUAUUCCUAACAGAAUAAUGCAACUAUAAUAGUAUUAUAUUUUUUACGACAUCGAUUGUACAUAUGGUAAAUACAACUUUGCAUUUAUUCCUAUACUAAUUAUAUAAGUAUUUGGUUCUAAACACUAUUUGCUAAGUUUCUCUUUGUUUCUGUUGGUUUUGUGUAAUUGAAAGCUUUGUUCAUUUACACAACCUUGUUUGUUAUAGUUUUCUGUUUCAUUUUUGCUAAACCUUUGUUGAUAUUGUUAUUGCUAAAAUCUUUGCAUUAUUUUUUGUGCACUUUCAAGGGACUGAAGUUAAAGUUUAGAAAAUAUUUCAGCAGGAAAACAAAAAUGCUUAACAAUUUUUAAGUAUUUCAAGAAGAACAUUUAAUUUAAACAAUGAACUCAAUCUUUGCAAAGUGCUCUCUUGAUUAAUUAAAAUUGUCCUCAAGUUUGGACAGAAGAUAAUCAAAAUGGGAUUUUUUUUUCUACAAUUUGAAUGAAGAGAGCUUCACAACAACCAGUUGUUAACAUCUGUAAAUGCACUCCUUGUGCUGACUAUUCUAAUGGUAAUUUAUUUAAGGAAGGGAGGUAUUUCUGCAACUUAGAUGAAAUAACAGGCCAAGCCAGAUUCAAAUCCAAUUAAUAGCAUGGGACCUUUAAUGAUAAUUGAAAAUUUAGAUUAGAUUACUAUCUUUAACCUUGAAAAUUAAGUGAGUAUGUGCCAUGGUUUAGGUGCGCAUAUGUGUGUCUGUGAGUGUGUAUGUGCACAUGUGUGUUUGUUUGUUGGGGCCUACUAACAAAUCUCAAACUCUGACUCAGUCCUGUUUUGAGAAAGUAGCAAACUCAUGCAUUUGCAAAUGUCGGUAGAAUCUUUAUUAAAUUUCGUGCUAUUAUUUCUGUUGUUAACACGCCAGAAUUUCAUUAUAGUUUUGAUAUCUACAAGUUGGUUGUAUGUAACAGAUAGUUGCACACUGUAGGUUUUUUUUCUUUUAUUGGCAAGUUGCCCACAAUUGGACGAACCAACGUUUUUGUGUGCUCUCAUUAGUAGCUCUUUUUCUGUUCUUUUAAUACUGAAAAGCUGAGUUAUUCUUUUAUUAGGAAAUCACAAUAAUGCUCCUCUGCAUAAAAAGGUGCUUCGGAAAUAAAGCUUUUUGUUUUGGUAGAGUAGGUAUAAAAAGUAAUGUUGGUUUUUAAAUUUUCUUUAUAAUGCCACGCCUUGACUUUGCUUCUAUUUGUUAUACAUUUUUGUUGCUAUUGACAGUAUGAUGAAACUUCUAGCAUAUUUAUUUUUCCAAAUGUUGGGGGUUCUUUUGACCAAAAAAUAAAGUUAGUGUAAGGCACUAAACUAAAACUGCAGUAUUAUAGCAACCUCUAGCAUUUAGUGAUUUGGUAUGUGUGUUUGAUUUUUAUUAGUUAGCCAUUUUAGGACGCUAUUUACAAUUUUCUGUGCUUAUUCUUUGUGUUCUUUCUUUUUAUUUUUAUUUUUAGGUUACAUGUUUUUUUGUACAUACUGUAAGCAUUAUGUCAUUAUUUAUUUAUUAUCAAUUUCCAUUUACCAUUGCAGAUAAAGUUUAAGUAUGGAUGAUGAGAAAUAGAUAUAUUUUUAUAUCAGAAAAUGUUUUGGAGAUAUAUGGAUUUAGAAUCACAGAUGCUUGCUGAAGAGCUUUGGGGCAUCUGUUAACUCUCAGUUGAUGUCGUUAAAAGUGAAGAAAGAAAAACUCCAGGCCUUCUUUACACCUAUGAUGAUUGCUUGCAUCUCUAAAGCUGUGAAAGCUACAGAAAUAAAUUGCAUGCUUCUGAGAAAAAUGAAGCAGAUAUUAACUGUCUGAAGCAAGUACCACGCUCAGUGAUCAUGUUUGGAGAUAAUUAUUUCCUUUAAGUUUCCAACUAAAGAUAAUUUCUCAUACCAAGAUGAUCUGUGAAAAGUGCAGUACAUCCAAACUUACUUUAAAUGUAAAAUGUCAUGUACAUUUUUACAUUGCUUCCACAUUCCAAGACAUUUUGAACAAGAUCUACACAGUCUGUUCUUCUUUUGUACAUUCAAAAUAAUGGUGUGGUUAGUUAGCAUAUUUUUCAUGAAAAAUUCUAAUUUGGCAGUCUAGUUUCAGAUAUAAAUGCUUCAUAGAAAAAGAAUGUAAUAUAUUGCGGAACUCACUGAAGAAUUUCUCGUAACACAUUCGUAAUGUGUUUUCGUAACACAUUCGUAAUGUGUUUUUAAAGGGAAAUAGGGAUAGAUCAGGAGUUUCACACUGUUGCAUUAACAGGGACUGGUAAAUCAGCUAGAAAGUAUCUAGGUGAUGAGAUAUGAAAUGUUGAAAGGGUGGGGUGGUGGGUGGAAGAAGGGAUGAGGUUAUGACCUUCAUUGUCAUUGUCAAAAAUCCAGAGACAAAAUUUAAGAAACAAGUCAGGCCAACACAAGUGCCCUUCUCAAUUACUUUUUUGAAAUAGCAGAUCAUAUUGUUCAGUAACAUUCAUUCAUCAGGUAUGUGUAUACCUGCAACUUCCUGCAAAGCCCUGAUAUUGGCAUCGCCAUUUGCAACUUCCAAUUACUGUUCCCUGAAAAUCAAUUACUAGCAAAUCAAUGCUCAACAGCCUUUGUUACUGUCUAUUUCAUAAACCCAUCAAUCUAAGUGUCCUGCUUUGUUUGUUGACUUAUGACAAAGUCUGCAAUUCCAUGUCAGUGAAUGGGAGUCUGUGUAAUGGGAUGUAUGAAUUUAUGCGCCUUGCAUUGUACACCGACUCUUUGCAAAGAACUCAUUUACAUAAAACAUAUCGGAUGGAUGAAUCUCUACGGAAGAUGCAAGUGAGAGAGAAUAUGCAAGUGAAGAAAAGGAACUUUUCUUGUACAUAUUGUUAAUGGAAUUUUGAGUCUUGUAAUGUUGGAAAGUUGUAAUUUGAGAGUGUGACAGGGUUUUUUUUUUGUAAAUUAAAGCUAGAUGAGAAGAUUGAGAUAAUGGUUGAAAAGAAAGGUGCCACAGCAAUAUAUGGUCAGGUGGAGAGUGUGAUGUAACGUAGGUGUGUGCAUGUGCAUGUGGGCGUGCAUAGGUGUUUGUGUGAUCUCUAAACAAGAUAUAUGAAUAUGAAAGUUUUCAAAAA